AUGGCGAAAAUGAUCAUUGAUCAAGCUCUAUCUCUUAUUCGGUCUGGUACACGUGUGUUUGUGCAUGGAUGUGGUGGUCCUCCACGAUAUCUCAACCGUCUACUAGCUAAUCGUGCUGGUGAUCUACAACGAGUGGAAAUUAUCAGCGUUAAUCCUCUGGAUGAUACAUUUACCAAUCCUGAAUUAAAAGACAGUUUUUUCAUCAAUAGUCUUUUUGCUUCAUCUUUCGUUCGCUCGUCGAUUGGUAAUGGUGCGGCAUCGUACAUUCCAAUAUUCUUAAAUGAAAUGCCUCGACUAUUCGACGAAAAUAUUCUUCCACUCGAUGCUGCCUUGAUUCAAGUUUCGCCGCCCGAUAGACAUGGCUAUUGUUCACUUGGUAUUUCCGUUGAAGCUACGAGAGCAGCUGUGAGAAAUGCGAAAAAAGUCUUUGCGCAAAUCAAUCGUCAUAUGCCGCGCGUGCAUGGUGAUACGUUUAUACAUAUCGAUAAAAUUGAUGCCUACGUUGAAUACGAUGAACCAUUGAUUGAAUUGAAUGAAUUUAGAAGACAAACUCAGAUUGAGAGAACCAUCGGCAGAAGAGUAGCAGAAUUAAUCGAAGAUCAAAGUACACUUCAAUUAGGAAUCGGUCCCAUUCCAAAUUCUAUCUUAGACUGUCUUAAUCAUCAUAGAGAAUUGAGUAUAGCGACCGAAGUGUUAUCCGACGGUGUUAUUCCAUUAUUAGAGAGUGGCGUGGUUACUAAUCGGUAUAAGACGUUCCAUCCAGGUAAAACAACAUGUACAUUUAUAUUGGGAACAAGAAAACUGUAUGAUUUCGUUAAUGAUAAUCCAAAUAUUCUUGCCUUGGAUGUUACAAUGACAAAUGAUCCGGCUCAAAUUCGUCGCAAUCCACGAAUGUGCGCGAUCAAUUCUGCAUUGGAAAUCGAUUUGACUGGACAAAUCUGUGCAGAUUCGUUAGGAACAAUGCAAUAUUCAGGUGUCGGUGGACAAUUAGACUUUAUGCGCGGUGCCGGACUAAGUUAUCAUGGAAAGCCGAUCAUCACUAUUCCGUCACAAACAUCCAAAGGUGUAUCGCGAAUUGUCAAUACCUUAAAACAAGGUGCUGCCGUAACGACAACACGUGCUCAUGUUCAUUAUGUGGUAACGGAAUAUGGUGUGGCGAAUUUAUUUGGGAAAAAUUGUCAGCAGAGAGCAAAAGCUUUGAUUGAAAUAGCUCAUCCAAAUCAUCGUGAAGCAUUAGAACGUGCUGCAUUUAAGCGUUUUAAAACUUUGUACUAG